AUGUAUAUACGUCAAAUUAUGCUUUGGGAAAAGAAAGUUCAGCUUUGUCUCGAAACCAAGCAAGCUGUCGACUCUGAUGUUGGCCAGAGUGAAAUUAAAGCGAUGAGGUCUGAAAUUCAUCGAAUGGAAGUGCGCAAGACGCAACUAUUGCGCCAGCAGGAACAAUUAAUUCAAGCUUUAGAAAAAGCUGUUUCUAGGUUAUUUUAA